UGUUGGUGUAGACCUUUGGAUUGGGCCUUGUUUUACUCAAGCAACUGCCAAAAAUACCCUAUGUGAUUUUCCCCAUAUAAAAUAUUGCUGAAAAGCAGGGUAUCGUAGCCAAAACAACAACAACAGCAUCGAUGUUUUCGAUGUCGAUGUCUUACUAAGUUACUACCACCAAUCUGGGUUGCGAUGAGAAAUGACAAACUGUGAUAGCUAACCGAGGGAAAGAAAUCGUUGUUUUUUUUGCCGCGAGUGCAUGAAAAUUACAUAGAAAUCAAGGAUGGACAUAAAUUUUUUGAUCUCAUAGCGAACUGAAGAGGAAUCGCGCAAGUAUUUUAUCACACUGCAACUAAACACAUGUGUCGGCUUAACCGACUAUUUUCAAUUCCUCAAGUGCUACUGUCAACCACUGCCGUAAUCGCUGCCAGAAAAUUCACUACUUAUUUAUACUGUCUGCCAAAGAAAUCUUUCGCCGAUCUGUGUCAUGUAGCAAAACAGCUCUCUUCAUCUCGACGCCUCGUCCACACAGUUUCCAUAAUACGAUGCACUUUUUUCCAUACCAAUUAACUAGACAGUGCGUGGGUGGGUAGACAUCCAACAAGACCGAACCACUCCACUAAACUGCUCAAUUUUUCCGACUUUUCAUCAUUAAUAAUCGGAAAUCAAAAUUCUCAAUUCAAAUUCACUACUCUUAACGUAAAAAUAUUACUUGAGAUUUACAGUCAAAUUCGAUUGCAACUUUUUCUGAUCAACAGCUUGAACUAUAUAGCAAUAUGCAACGAUUUCUUCCUUCAACCUCCUUCAGCUCUAGAAUUUCAACUUAACUCAAGAAAUAUUGUUUUUGAGUUUUACACAUAUAAAAUUGGCUUCCAAGAGUUUAUCUUCCAUGAUUGUGUACAAUAAGAACUUGACAACAUAUUGAUUUUAACGAAGAUUUUCUGGAACCUUUUGAAAAUAUUUUAAGAUGCUUCGUUUUACUAUGAUGCUGUAAAUUUUAAUAAUUAAUUUUAAAUGGGAAAGCUUGUUUGCUUUCAUUCAAAAUAAACUAAAAUAUGAGAGGUUGUUGUUGUGGAGAAUGGGUUGCAGUGGGGUGUCAGUAUGCGUGAGAAGUCAGAAUGUCAAACUCACGCAGGUCACGUGAGGGGCACAACAGAAAUGUGCUCACGUGAUCCUCCUGUUCUUCAUCCAGCCCUUGCUAAGGCUAAUUGUAAAAACUCUAAUCUUCAGUCGACUCACCACAACGAUUCAAGCUCAGAAAGCAGCGGUCUACCAACUCCUGGUGGUCGACUUAAGUUUUUCAAAGAUGGAAAAUUUAUUCUUGAGUUGUCCCACCGUCGAGAUGGUGAACGUACCACUUGGUUUCCUGUACCAAAAAAGACAUUCUGGCCUCCUGCAAGUACCACUCCAAACAGACAAGAGAGUUCCACUUCACUUAGCGUUUCAGACGACAAUUCAUCAGUCCAGUCGAGCCCAUGGCAAAGAGAUCAUUGUUGGAAGCAAAGUCAUCCGAGACGCAGUGUAUCUACUGAAUUUAACUUUUACUUUCGCAGACAUCCUAGAAUACGUCUUUGUAUGCAUCCACGUUUGAUAUCCAAAAAACGAAGGCAACCUUUUGAAAAUGGAACUUUACAAUUAGGUCUGGAAACAGUUUUUGGGUCCUCAAAACGAACAUCGUCUAAAACAAACGGUGUAGCGACUGGCAGAACUCUAAGCUUAAUUAUUGAGAAGCUUUUGCGACUUUUAGAUCCAAACGUUAUUUCACCUCGAAAGCGAAUUCUACGCGAAUUGGAAAGAGUAACUCUUGAAGAUCAAGCAUCAAAACGUCGUGCAACACCGCAACCACCAAAUAAGACAUCUAAUGUAUCAACACCAUCAAUACAGUCGCCGAAACAAUUAUCUUCAUACAGUAUAACAAGUAUUUUAGGUGAGGACAAACCAAGCACAGAACCAGGUUUUUUAAGAACUUUACUGAAACCGGAAAACCAACAAUCAAUACUAACAAAGUAUUCGUCUAAUCAACCUCACCCGUCGGCUAGAGUUGACCCGUUCAUCGCGUCAGCAAACUCCUCUAUGCAUCACCCUCUUUAUGGAAUACCUUUGCUGCCUCCUGGAACUUACAGAGCUCCACUGUGGGUACACUAUUCACCUCCCGUCCAAUAUCCACCUUCGAUGUCACUCUACGCACCGCCAUCCCAUCCGUCGUCGCCACCAGCGUUGGUUCACCACUACAAAGACUACAGGGAACAAACUCUCACACCUCCUUCAGAUAUGCCUCUCAAUCUGUCAAAGCAUGCGGGUUGAAUCUCAUGAUUCCAAUAGUCGGUGCCUUAUUUUUGGACAAAACUACAUGAUUACUCACCAUGCAACGACCAUGCGAUAUAUUAGUAUUUUUUUAUUCAUACAAAAUAAAUAUGUAGAAGCUAGGGAUUUACAGUUGGAUUUUUGUAUAUACAGAUUAAAAUAAUGUCAGUAUAUAGAACUCAUGACUUUUAUAGAAUAAUAAAUGAAGUUAGUAGUAUUAUACACAGAGAAAUGUAUACAAAAUGCAAUACGAAGUCCGUUGCCUACAACAAAUGUUUUAAUUUUAUUGUUAAAUAAAGGCCCUUUAAGUUUUGCUUUUCAUUUUUCCAAUUAUAUACAUAAAUUUUUUAUUGGAGAUAUUUCUGGAAUUUAUUAUCGACAUAAGAAAAAAACAGUGACUUUGAUAAACACGUUAUUAUUUUAAUUAUCUAAGAAUUACAAAAUAUUUAAUUGUUUAUACCUUUUUAAUUUUUGGAUAUUUUAUUAUAUUUUUAAAUCAAAAGUUUUGAAUUAAGAACUCGGACGACGUAAUAAUUUUCAUUACACACAUGAAAUAUUAAAAUUUUAAAAUUACUUCACUUUUUCACUUUUACAAAUGUAUUUUACAAUAUAACUAAUUCAAAUCUAUUUAGUUUACUCAAUUGUAAAAAUUAUAAUUUAUUUUUUGCCAUAAUUUAUUAUUCUAGAAAAAAAAUUCAGAAAUUUUUUUGUAUAAAUUUUUUACACAUAUUUUAAAAUUUUCAGUUAAGAUAUAAUUCAUUUAUAAUGCAUUUUUAUUUUGCUUUAUAAAAUAGAAAAAAAAUUAAUAGGUACUGUGGAAUCGAUGUAUCUCUUUAUCCUUACGCGUUAUCUUGUUAUUUUUACCUUUAAAUAUUCUUAUUAUUAUUAUAAUAUUAUUAUUAUUAUUAUUAUUAUUAUUAUUAUUAUUGUUACACAAUUAUUACGAUUAUUCAUUUUUUUGAAGAAUCGUUAAAAAGGGCUUAGGAUUAUGUACAGAAAGGAUAUUAGCUAAAAUUUUAUUGCCUAUUAUGAAAUUGUAAAACAAAAACUAAUUUUUAAUACUUCAAGCCGUAAUUUUAACGCUUGAUACAAUUAUUUAUACGUUCAUAAAAGAAACAAAAAGAAAAUCUACAACUGAAAACAGAAGUGUGCUUGUGUGUGCAUAAGAAAGAGAGAGAGUGUGGGUCUUUGAUUGAAAGAGACCAUAAAAUGAGAACUGUUUUUGAGAAUAUAUUGUACACAAAUUUAUCAAAGUUAUUAUUAUUUUCAUUAUUAUAAUUAUUUUUAUUCUUUUGUCAUGUACAUAUAUUGAAAUAUGAAUUCGUAUUGCUGACAACUCACAUAAAAAUCUCUUACCUGAAUUUGUCAUAUUAUUUAAAAUAAGUGAGAACAAUCGUAUUAUGUUAGUGAAAACAAAAAAAACGAGUUGAUACUAAAUAUACUCUUUGCUUUAUAAAAAGCCGAAAUUAAUAUUUCCGAACUGCAUGAAUGUGCGGGAGCAAUUGUAUAGAAAAGGCUAAUUUCGUAAAUAUAAUUAUUUCAUAUACUA